UUCUCCAGGUCUGGUGCCAUGGUAAUUUCCAUCCUGGAAAAUAAGAAGAAUGACAUUGCAGUAGACCCGGAAGAUGAGAAGGCAGACCCCAAGGGCCCUUCAGCUGAUGAUGAGAAGAAUGUGGACCCCCAAACCACCGAGGCUGACAAAAGAGAUGGCCAGGGAGACCCAGGUGCAGCCACUCAGCACUCUGUAGAUCCCAGCACCCUAGAGGCACAGAGGAGCUCCAGUACACCCAAUCAGCUGAUGGAACUAGAGGCCUGUGCUGGCAGGUAAGGUCUUACACUGGCCUCCUGCUGCCUAUGGCCAAGGUUUCUAUCAGGGCCACAACAUAAGUGAGAACCGCUUUUCUCACUGCAGGCCACUGCCUGGGUUCUUCUCUGAAUGUGCUCAGGAUACCGCUACCUUGGUCCUAGUCAGUGUUGACCACUUCUUGGGAUUUGAGAAGCUGGGAUGGGGCUGUGAUCCAGGAAAGAAG